ACCGUUCGCUCAAAACGGUCGAUAACGCGCUUUUCGGGCUGAUAGUUCUGUGCAAUGUCGUGUCUCUCAAUCUUUCUGUGAUGCAAAUUUUGGCUUUUCUGCAGCCAUAGACAUCCAGGUCACACGCUAAUCCCACUCACGAUCACACAUAGUGUCCCAGAGUCACGCAAAAUCACCUCAAAAUCACUCCUAAAACCACAAAAUCACGCAAUUAAAAACCAACUUCAGCAAACAAUCUGCUAAAACUGAGAAUUUUGCAAAGUUCUCAUGGGAAAAAGCGAGUGAUGUGAAAAAAAGCUCGUGAAUUGUGUACGCAAAAGCACACAAGACACUUUUUGUAAUCACCUCCACCUUAUUCUUAUUCUGCAAAUUUUCGGCAAUAAAUCGCGAAAACACGAAAAAGAAAAAAAAAACAGAUAUUUCUCUUCCGAGGAACACGCGUCUUUUUUAUCUACAGAAUCAUCCUCUCUCUCUCAAUAAAGUGCAGAAAAAUAAAAUAAAAGGAGAAAAAAAGCAAUUUCCAAACCCAUCGAGAAAAAUGGUGAAAAAAUGUUACGAAAAAGUUGAUGGAAUUUUUCAGCAAAAGGAAUAAUUCACCAAGAAAUUUGUGGAUACAUGCGUGAUGUAGGAACGCCUCCACAGAGGCCACAAGAUUACUUCUGAGACAUACACAUAGACACAAAAAAAAGUAGCUAGUAAUUGAUCUCAAAAAGUUCUACUGCACACUGAGAAAAUGGAGAGAGAAGAGGAAAAAGAAGAGAAAAUUAGUAGGAAAAAGGGGAAGGAGAAAUCUGUCGGGAAAAUGCCUGAUCCAGACAGUUACGAUGAUGAGCUCGUGUCAGCAAAUCAGAAUCAACGAAAUUGGCGCGGUAUUCUCAUAGCCCUUCUCGUGAUAAUAAUCGUUUUGGCGCUAAUUGUCACAUCAGUGGUCCUCCUGACACCGCCCGAUGAGGGCCCUCGAGUCAAGGGGGAACGGAUAAAGCUGCAGGAUAUUGUGAAUGGAGACUACAAUCCUGCCCAAGUAAACGGAGACUGGGUGGGACCCGAUGAGUUUCUCUAUGAAAAUCAAUGGGGCGAAAUAAGUCUGCUCAAUGUGGCGAAUCUCACCGCCAAGACACUAAUGACCAACACAACAUUCAAAUCACUAUCUCCAGUGAAGUUUUCCGUGUCGCGCGAUAGAAAGUACCUUCUGCUGGCACAUAAUGUCCAGAAACUUUUCCGACACUCCUUCCUGGCACAAUACAGCAUCUUCGAUGUCGCCACGAGUGAGACAAUCGAACUGUCCCCCCAUCCAGAAAAUCCCGAAUGGCCCUUCCUUUUGCACGCCCAAUUCACACCCAAUGGAAACUCCAUCGUGAUGGUGCACAAGUACGACAUCUACUUCCGCACCAGCCCCAAAUCACCAACAUCGUACAGAGUGACAAAUACAGGGGUGCCUGGAGUCAUUCACAAUGGAGUAGCCGAUUGGCUGUAUGAGGAGGAAGUUCUGGGAACUUCUGCCUCAAUAGCUCUGUCCAACGAUGGACAUCUAAUGCUCUACGCCACCUUCAAUGAUACUCUCGUGAAGGAGCAGAAAUUCUCGUGGUACGGCGUCACGAAUUCGCUGGGCAGCGAGAAUCUCUACCCAGAAAUCCGAUCGAUUCGAUACCCAAAGCCAGGCACAACAAAUCCCACCGUAACUCUCAAUAUUGCUGACCUGGCCAAUCCCAAGAACAUCAGGAUUCGUGCACUGACGCCACCGGCAGUCCUGGCCAAUGAAGAUCGAUACUUCACGAGUGCAGCAUGGAUUUCUCAGACAGAAGUCAGUGUUGUGUGGCUCAAUCGACCACAGAAUCUAUCUGUGGUUAGUCUAUGCAAGAGUCCCAUGUGGGUGUGCCAAGAGACUCACCGCGUCAGCGGAGACAAUCGCGGUUGGGUCGAUGAAUAUUCUGUGCCAUUUUUCUCCGCCAACGGAAGUUCGUACAUCGCGGUGUCGCCCCUGAGGGAUGGGGGCGCCGGACAUUUUCGGCACCUCGUAUACAUUCACAUUCCCAAAAAACAAAUCCUUCCACUAACCCAUGGUCGCUACGAGGUCACCAAGAUCGUUUAUUGGGAUCAAGUCAACAAUUUCAUCUAUUACCUGGGCACGCCAGAGUAUCUUCCUGGGCAACAGCAUCUGUACCGUGUAUCCUCGAGCCCGCCAAAAUUCGGAGUGCCACUGCGUCCACCUCGCUGUCUCACCUGUCCGAGUCUCAGUCGCGGGGGCACCACAACAAAGUCCCCGCCGAGACUCGUGACGAGCUGGGAUGAUGAUUGGGAGGAUGAGGUGGUCACAGCGGCUCCCCCUACGACGCCCCCAAAGCGUCAGAAGAAGAAGAAAAAGGACUCCCAACCCCGUGGACCACUACCCUGCCAAUACCACACCGCCCUCUUCGCCCCUCCCAGUGCUACGCCCUUCGUCCGGAUCGAUUGCCUGGGUCCCGAGAUCCCCACCAGCGCCAUCUACCGGAUAGCCCAUGAGAACCGCGAGAAACCACUUCAACUCGUCACAGCCAUCCAGAACAACACGAAACUCCGCGAGAAAGUGGCCAGGAUCGCCAUGCCACAGAUAAAAUCCUUCCCUGUGAUGAUUUCCGGCGGAUACUACGCUCAGGUUCGACUGUUUCUGCCCCCAGGACUUCGGGAAGACGAAAUUACGCGAUACCCUAUGAUCUUGCACGUCUAUUCGGCUCCCGGGACGCAACUGGUCACCGAAAAAUGGCGAAUCGACUGGAACACCUAUCUGGCCGGCACGAAGGAUUACAUUGUGACCCAGAUUGACGGCAGAGGAUCCAGUGGACAGGGCUAUCAGCUCCUCCACGAAGUCUACCGACGAUUGGGAACUGUUGAGGUUUCAGAUCAGCUCGAAGUUACCGAAUAUCUCAGAGACAAUCUACAUUUUGUCGACAAACGUCGCGUUGGGGUCUACGGAUGGAGUUUCGGUGGAUUUACAGCCACUCUAGCACUGGCCAACUCUCAAUCCCUCUUCCAGUGCGGCAUUAGCGUAUCUCCCAUUACAAACUGGAAGCUCUACGAUUCAGCUUACACCGAAAGGUACAUGGGAUUACCGAAUGUGACAGACAACUACAAGGCUUACGACGAGUCAGACCUGACGAAAGUAGCUGAUAUGCUGAGGGAUAAGCAUUUUAUGAUGGUUCAUGGAACAGCAGACGACAACGUCCACUUUCAGCAGAGUAUGAUGCUGGCAAAGGCUUUAGCCAGCAAGGGAGCCCUGUUUAAGCAGCAAAUCUACCCGGAUGAGGGUCACAAUUUGUCAGGCGUUAAGCGUCACCUGUAUCGCUCCAUGACACUCUUCUUUGAAGAUUGCUUUAAGAAACAAAUUCCCAUCGAAAUGAAGUCUGGACUGGGAAAUGGAGGUUCAUCGGAUUAAGUCACACAAAUCCAACCUAUCUCUUCACCUCAACAACCUAUUUUUCUCACCAGUUUUUUGUGUGUUAAAAAAAACAAAUUGUGAAUCAGAGACAAAGAACUUAAAAAAGAAAUAAUUUGAGUGAUGCUAAAAGUGCCAAAUAUUUGAUGUUGUAUUCACAGACAGAAAAUCCAAUACCACAGCUAAAACAAAUAAAACUAUUAUCCGGACAGCAAAGCCACAAUUCAAUUGAUGGCACUUUAAAAAAAAACAAGCUCAAAAACAUUUUAAAGUGAACCAGUUAGAGGAAAAAAGCUCACGUCUGAGGGGCAUUUCACUGAGACAAAAUUGGUAUCUGACGAAUUUUUACAAAUUAUUCGGAAUAUUCGGAAUAUUUGCAAAGCAUUCGCAAUAUUCAUGGUAAUCUCGAUAAAUAUUCGCAAUAUUCCUUUCUGAAUAUUCUUAAUUUUUGCAGAAUAAUCGUAUUAUUCGCUAAAAACGUAUUAUUCGCAAAAUUUGCGAUAUUCGGAAUAUUAUUUAUAUUCUCGAUAUUCGUUAUUCGGUAAAUAUUCGAGGAUAUUUCUACUUAUUUCCAUACUUAUCCGGCGCUACAACUAAUUGCUGGUUUUAUAGACGAAGGAAUUAAUUCUAGACUUCGUGCCGCUUGCUAAAUUUUGAUCAAGGACUCUUGCACAGCUCUGGGAUUUCGUCCCAUAAUAUCGAUAUCGUCAGUAUAGGCCAAGAACUGAGUGGACUAAUUGAGAAUGACAACAAUACCAUUGUUCACACGGAAUUUUCGUGACAUUCAAUAAUUCUACUAAUUAUUUCUGAUUUUAAAAAAUGUAUCCGGAUACUCAAUGAGAAAUUACCAAUUUUUCAAAAAGUAUUUGAAAACUUGAGAAAAGCUUCAGUUUUCGGAAGUUUAUCUAUUAAAAUUUUUAAUGUUCGAAAAUUUAGUGACAAUCGCCAUGAGUUUUCAGCAAACCCGCAGAUAUUCAAAAGUUUCGCUAACUAUUUCUAAAGUUUCGAAAACUAUCCGUAAGGUAAAGUACCCUAAAGUCGACCGGUGGUGGUCUACUUUGAAUGUUUUAUGGUCAAUUUCUAUGAAAUUGUCACUGAUUCGUAUUAUUUAUUUAAAAAAUUGACCUAUUAAUGUUAAAUCAUAAAGUAAAUGUUAUAAAAACUCUACUAGUCGAGUUAAAGUACCGGUCGACUUAAGGACAGUUUACCUUAUUUCAAUAACUUGUGAUAUCAUCAGUUUUUAAAUGUAUUCUCCUUUGUUAAUUUUAUUUGAUAUUCGAAAACUUGAUUUCAGUAGACAUUCGAAAAUUAUAAAAGAUUUUCUUUCUCGAAAUGUAACUUUGUCAAUUUUUCAAAAACUGUUUAGAAUAUUUGAAAUAUUUUAAAAAUUUUUGAAAAUUUUUAAUUUGUUAUUUCUUAACUUUAACCGAAUCGUAGGCUGUUUUGAAAACGAUGAAUAGAUGGUGAAGUGCAUGCUCUCUCAUCUUCUCCAUAAUCAGCCGAAGGGAAAAUAUCUGAACUUUUGUGAAAUUAUCUGGAGUAAAACCACAUUGAUAUCGUCCAAUAAUGGUCUGAGUGAAUGGGGCUAUUCAACCUAGCAGAAUAGAGAUAGAAGAGAAUAUUUAGUAGACAGUACUCAAUGACGUAAUAUCCCUAUAUUCCUUAUGUAUAGGACGAAUAAUACCAAUUUACCGAAUAUUUGUGACAUCAGCAAAAUGUUCCUAAUACUGAUGAUAUUCGGAAUGAUUUUCUUCAAAAGAUUUACAAAAUAUUUCAAUACUCGAUUUUCGUAAAAAUGUUACUAGUAUUCUUGAUAUUCGCUAAAUAUUCACAAUAUUUCGAAAACUAGCAAAAUAUUCUUAAUAUUCACGAUAUUCGCGAGAUUUGCAAUAUUCGGAAUAAUCAUCACGUUUGAUAUUUCUGCAAAAUGUUCCCGCAAUUCUCUAAAUAUUCGGAUCAUUUACAAAUAUUUCUGAAACCAACAGAAUAUUUUCAAUAUUCACAUCAUUUAAUAUAUUCAGAAUAUUCCAUAUUCAAAAUCUCUCCAAAGUAUUUUCAGUGCUUGAUAUUCACAAAAUUGUCAUAAUAUUCUGUAUACUUGGUAAAUAAUUGCAAUAUUUACAAUUUUCCUGAUAUUUACAAAAUGGUCUUAAUAUCCAUGAUAUUCGCGAGAUUUAUGGCAUUGUAUUCGGAAUAUUCCUUAUAUUCGCAAUCACUGAGAAGUAUUCUCUUUAUUCGUUUUUUAUUGAAUAUUCGCAAAUAUUGUAUUUGUAACAUCAACAGAAUAUUCUUAAUACUCGCACGGUAUUCGCCAGAUUUUCAAUGUUCGGAAUAUUCUUAUUCGAAAGAUUUGCAAAGUAUUUUCAAUGCUCGAUAUUUGCGUAAUAUUUUUAAUAUUCACCAUAUUCGGAAUAUCAAUUAUAUUCGCAAUCUUUGCAAAGUAUUCGCAAUAUUCUGAGUAUUCACAAAAUAUUCGGAAUAUUCCUAAAACAUUCCCAGAAUUUAUAUUCGCCAGUGAAAUGCCCCUUGCUCAUAUUAGAAUAAAAGCUUUGUACAAAGCUUAAAGCAUCGUAGAAUCAAAACAAAAAUAAUGUGUACUAAAAAUGUAUGUUAGGAUAAUUUCUCAACCAUAAAAAAGGAAAAAAAGGGAAAAUCCUCCACAGGAGGAAAGACGAAAGAAGCAAAGUGUAAAUAAGGAGAUAUCGUUGAAAUCAAAAGAAAAAAAGAAAGAAAACUACAAAAGAAAUACCAUUGGGCAAUACGGAAGAAGAAAGUUAUACUCAGAGAUUCCCUUUCAAAGAGCAUUAAUAAUUCACAUAUCGGAAUUGAGUUUUUCUCUCCAAUUUUUCCCCUCUCACCUCAUCUGUUUCCCCCCAUUUCGUCCACACGCAUUUUUGCAAUGAAAAAUUCCACCCACACAAGUCCUCCCUCUUUGAUCCAUCCCCCCAUUUUUCUCACCCUGCAAAAGCAACUUUCAAAGCAAUUUCUAGCACGUAGACAAAUCCUCAGAGUGAGAGAAAUAUAAAGAUGUGAAUAGAAAUUAUUUUCUUAUAAAGAAACUCAUAUAGACAGUAAAUAAAAUUUAGAGUGGCGCAAUUCAAAAGAAUAAUUUAAAAAAAAAAACGGAUGGUUUAGUAAAAGCUUCAAAAAGGACUCUGCAUACUUCAGUUUGAAUAUGGCAUAUUUGAAAUGAUUAUUUUUUAUGUCAAUAUUUUUUAUUUCAACAAUCUUCUAGUUCACGCGGAACCUUUCGGAAUUGCAAAAUCGUUCGAAAAUAAUUUCGAAAAUCCACUUGACGCCAAAACAUUAGUUCGCAGAUUUACCGUCUGAGCGUUUCCAAUUCUCGUUCAAACUGUUUUUGUGAUUCUCGGCGAUUGAUAGCCUCAAAAAGUAAAAAAAGGUUUUCAAGGAAUAAGGAAGAAGUAAAUAAAUAAAAAAAUAAAAGUAACAGGUC